AUUAUUUGAAACGAACAGGUAAAAAGAACCCGUUCGCGCCACGGAAAAGAGUCGGAUUGCCAAACACUGAACGAGCAUAGCAAGCGACAGAUAUGGUGAAAAGGUGCGUUUUGGGCUGUUAUCCGCACAAAGCCUUGUUCCCUUUUCCCAAGCUACCGUGGUUGCGAGCCCGCUGGCUCGAAUUUUUGCAUUUUGAGGAAGGAGGAAUAUCGGAGGGCUCGCGUUUGUGUGCGAAGCAUUUUGCCCGAGAAUGCUUCACAAAUUUACAGCAGUAUGAAAUGGGCUUCGCUGACUUAAUUAGUUUGAUAGACAUGGCUGUCCCGACAAUAUACACCGUUGGUCCGGCACCGAGUGUGAAGCCAAUGACACGAGAGGUAGGCUGCCAAUGUAAUGCUCCGGUUCUGAAGAGUGUGGCGGUCCAAGCAGUACGCACACAAAAAAAGCCAAAACGGAGAAGUAAAGCCAUUCAAGUGAGACCUCUUGUGAGUCAUUGUGUGUCCUGCUCCGAUGAGGAUUUUCCCGUCAAAUCUGAAUCUUCAUCUUCAUUUACAUUAACACCAAUUAAAAGGCCACGCAUGGAGGAUUCCUCAGAGGGGUCACCAUACAGCUCAGAAGAACCAACAGAUGACACCCACAUGCCUAAUAUAAUUAAAGAAGAUGACAUAAAGCUUGAGCCCUGUGAGUCUUCGUACAUCGUCGUCACGAUCUGAAUCCUCCAUUUCAUCAUCUGCAGAGAACAGAAUCUGACCAGCACAGAAGGAAGAGGGCAAAGAGAAAGACUGUGUUUAACUAAUCUUUUUUGUUUUGUUUUAAACAAACAGGUGAUACGGACACUCCUAAAAAGUGGAAUACACCUCGCAAACUUAAAUAAGUAGGUAACAUUCUCCAUUACAUUCUGACUGAGCUGCUCAUCCCAUCCCUUUAGAUGGACUAUAAUCACUUGACUAAACCAUCUGACAGAUGUCAACAAAUUAAUAUUUGACACAGAUAUAGUGGUUGGAUGGAAAUGCUACACUCGAGAUUACCGUUCUCUUUGUCAAGUUCCCUGCUCAAAUGACUUGCCUGGUCUCAAAUCUAGCACUGCUAACACAACCAAGCAGUAAGAUGAAAGGAAAUACAUGUAUUCAGGAGAUGUUAUUGGGUCAAACAUCAUCGAAAUACAGAAAUAUUAGUAGCAUGUUAGAAAACCACAUACACUGUGUUAUAUUCAUCCUUAAAAAAAAACUGUCUUCCACUGAAAAUCAAAUGUACCCAGAGUUCAUUACUGGAUGUUUUGUUAACUAGAACCAUCUGUGCAGCCCUUUCUUAAAGACACACGUGCUUCUUGAGAUUGUAAACUCUCUGUGACUUAUCAUGGUUACACAUACUUCAGGUCUGAAGCAUUGGGAAAGGAACGGUCAUGCACAUGUGCACAAUGGUCAUGCAGAUGUACUAGGGGGAAAAAAAGAGGAUGUCCCAUCUAGGACUUGGGUAGAGGGAUGAUUUUGAAUAUAACACUGUAGGUCAAGGGAAAGCCCAAAAUAUGAAUUCUGUCAUGUUUAAUGGAUGUUUAAGGAGCAGCAAAAGUGUCUUGCCAAAGCAAGUCUACGUCUAGAUUCAGAUCUCCAAUGUUUAGACUUUGUUGAUUGUUUUGAUAGUGUUUUAUACAUUCCAUAAACUAUUAAAUGUUAUGUCAUCGGUUAUG